CCGUGAUUGUCACUUUGUAUAUGUUACAACACGUUCAGUCAGUCGUCUUUCAUAUCAAUCUAUUCGAGGCCAACUUUUAACUUUUGCACACGCUACACAUGUCCUAUUGCCGUUUUAAAAGAUAACGCAAACAAGCAUCGCGAAGCUGCCAGCAUGAAACCAUCGCGUCUGGGCUUCCGCCGGCUGCGGAACUCUUGCGAUAUAUGCACACUUUCGAAGCUCAAAUGUAGUCGCGAAAAACCAGUCUGUCAACGUUGCGUCGACCGAGGCUGCCAACAAGACUGCAACUACAGCGUAGCACGCCGUCCAGGCAGGCGGCGUCAAACAUCUGUGAUCUCGGAUGAAGUGGGGUCGUACGGUACGGAAAACGCUGUUGGUACAGUGCGAGUGAAGCGGGGAACGGCGCCUCUAACACCCUCUUCAACCCUGGCGGACUCGCUGCUUCCGACAGAGCGUCACGAUUCGACUCGGAGCACCCCUCAACAAAACGAUACAAGAGAUGGAAAGGCACGCACGGUUCUAUUAUCGCCAGGAAUGGCUUCCAUAGGGUCAUUUACGAACAUGUCAAUGGAACUGCCACAUGAUGCCGACACAGUUGACUUUGGAUCUAUGGAUGAUCUUUCGCUAUGGGAGUGGGGUACAAGUGGAGUCGAUCCAGAUUGCACAAACGGUCACCACUCAGGUUCUGUGGAGCAGAUGUGGGGUCUUCCGUCAAGUCAGGUCAUGCUCAAUGGUACGAAGUUCGGCGCCGGUGUCAUUGCCGGAGAACCAACGCAAGAGCCAUCACCACCCAUGAGCCAGAUAGGCCGACAGACCACAUACCAGGACGAUCAAAUCCUUCUUACACACGUAACCGGCUUUUCCAAGGAUCCCAUUUCUUCUGAUACAACUGCUUCAGACCUCCUCUUCGACCUAUCCAAGGAUGUGGAUUGCCAAUGCUCUUCCCAAUUGAGUCAGCUCAUCUACUUGGUUAGUCUUCGGCUUGCGAAACCCACUACUCUAGACGUUGUCUUUGCUGUGGAGCAACAGUUAAACAGGACAAAGGACACAAUCUCUACGUGCGCGCAAUGCUCCUUCAACUCGCCGUACGUGAGCAUGAUGUUUUGUACUUCUAUAAGCUGGGUAAUUGAGCAUCUGCAGACGUACAUACGUGAGUCGAAUUCAGUGAGCGCGCUCAAUAGUCAAGUCACAUACCUGACGAUUGGUGGUUUGACACUGAGUAAAGAGAUGUCACACUCAUGUUUUGAGGCACUAGUAAAGCUUCGCCUCAGACGAGUCGUCCAGACAGCACGAGAAUUGGCAGUGCUCGACAUCCAGACCAAGAGUACGCUUUUGGAUGGGAUGCGGUCAGCAGCAGUCGAUACUGGAGCUGCAGCGCAACAGAUGUUUGGGAUGUUGGAGAUGAGGGGCGCAUCUUAGAGGAAGAAAGCUACUUCCCAAGAGACUCUCAACACCAAAUCCAGGAGAGCGCAGGUCGCUGUAUUCUGGUUCAAUAUUAACAUGAGGUAACAAUACACGAAGUUACGAUCCUCUUCCCAGUCAACAAAGCGUUGGGUCGUUCGUCUUAUCUGUGGAACACUUUCGUAUCGCAUUGGGGGAAUUCUUUUAUGGAGAGACUUCAAUUGGAAUUCAACCACACAUAGUGCGGCAUAUCAAGGAAUCACCAUCUCACAGGCAUCCAAUACGAUAUUUCAAAUGACACCGUGAUCUAAGCA